UCAGCGACUGCGGCGCAAGACUUUUGCGAGAACCAGGCAUGUGUGCUGAUACCGCCGACGCCAAGUUCAUGCUGUGUCUGGCGUUUUUACGUCAAUGCAUGUCCGUUGAAUGCUAAUUACACUAACAAAGGGUCCUGUGGACCUUGGCUUCCUGCAGAUGGCAUUAUCAUUGGAAGUACUCCACCACAAUACGGAAUGGCAACCAGGGAAGUGUGGAAUGUCUCCAUAGAAGUUUGUGGUGACAGAUACUGCGAUGUAUCGCAAAAUGAAACUUGCUUAACUUGUGACGUUGACUGCGGCACUUGUAGUCUUGAAGCUCGAGUUGGAGGCGCAAUAAUCGCAGUGGUAUUUCUCGUUGUCCUAGGAGCAGCCGCCACUGGAUUGAUUACGCGCAGUGCAGACACGGAGCAUGUAUACAUCAGUGCUCCAGUAAUAUGCAUGCUUUUCCGCGUUGAUGACCAUCUAUUCUUUUUCCGGCGAAGUCGUCUUGCUCUAUGGGAUAACUCGUGGAUCAUUUCUCGUGACAAAGUGUUGAUAUUUGAAAAUGACGGAAACAAGACGUCUCAAACUAUAAUUGAGGAUUGUGCAGAUGGAUUUGAUGACAUUGAAGCGGAGAAGACAUUUGUCUACGGUAAAAUCGAUGAUACUCUAGUAUCUGUAAAGUACAUGGAAAGAGAACAAUUCCUGCUCACAAAGAACAUUCGUAAGGAAAUCAAGGACAUUCGGCAACUAAAUCACCGAAAUCUUUGCCAACUAGUAGGAAUUUGUCUCGAUCCACCUGAACUGGCCAUCUUCAUGGAAUAUUGUCCAAAAAGGAGCCUCAAAGAUGUAUUCCGCAAUGAGGUUAUGCCUUUGAGCUGGGCAUUCAAAUUGUCUCUAAUUCAAGACAUAGUCUCUGGCAUGGAAUACAUGCACUCCCAUGGCUUCAUUCAUGGACGUUUAAAUACCCAUAACUGUGUGGUCGACGAUCGUCUAACGUGCAAAAUUACUGACUUUGGAUUAGAAUCGAUUCGGUAUGAGAGGCCGCAAGAAAAGCUGGAGACAUUUUUGGAAAACCCGCAGAAUUGGGCAUUCGUUGCUCCUGAAUAUCGAGGGGAUAAUCCUGCUGCACCGAAUCUUCAUAUGGACUCUUACAGCUAUGGAACAAUUAUGUGCGAAGUCGCGCAGCUUCGAGAAGAACCAGAAGACUUCAAUGACCCAGAGUUGACGGAGAUGGAGCGGCAGGAGCUUAAAAUGCUGUGGUGGAAGUAUCCCUUACCCACAAUGGAAGCUUUCGAAAGUAACACCGACGACACCUCUCCUAACAUGACUGAAUACCUUAAUCUAAUUCAACUAUGCUGGAGCCCUGUGGAUACGCGACCUGGUUUUGACGGUAUUCGAGGGAAGAUGGAUCUCAUUAACCCAAGGCGAAAGAACCCAAUCGAUAUAAUUCUCAAUCUCAUGGAGAAGUACUCAGCUCACCUUGAGAGUAUUGUGAGCGAAAGGACUCAAGAUCUCAUUGUAGAAAAACAGCGAACUGAUGAACUUCUUCAUAGCAUGCUCCCGAAAACAAUUGCAAAUCAGCUGAGAAGUGGUCAAACAGUGCCUGCCGAGGCCUACUCCUCCUGCACCAUCUACUUCAGCGAUAUUGUCGGAUUUACAAAUAUUUCCUCAGAUUCAACACCCUUUCAGGUUGUGACACUCCUCAACAAACUCUACAGUGAAUUUGACCAAAUCAUCGAUCGAUAUGAUGUCUACAAAGUUGAAACCAUCGGCGAUGCCUGUAAGUGGAGUUUUAUUGUUAUAGCUAACACCUGA